UAAUCUACUCUUCCAUCGUACAACCACGGAUUAUGCAGCUCGAAACAAGAAACGAAACGUCGAACUCGCUCUCAACGCUACCCGAUAAUGAGAAUUAUAGCUGUGGCAGCACGCCGUAUCGUUCGACCUUCGACCCUUGCUCUCUCCCGUUGCUUCCCGAAGAUUCCCUUGUUGAAAACCAACCGGUCCCUCGAGCAGUCGGGUCACAGACGUUCCGAGAGCACACCCGGGAACGAACCGGGUUGAACGCUGUUAAACGUACGCGCGCAAACAAGCGAGAGGCCGAGGAAAGUGACAAGGGUGAAGCGAAUCGAUCGACGAUCAGUCGACGACCGAUUGGCCUUGGUAUUUGGCGGUGGUCCCUGAUGCCACGCGACGAAAACCAUCUCCAACGCUCGAACUGUCGAGGCAGAGGGUGGUGAACGACAAAGACCGAAAGGUGUCGUUGAACGAGGUGGAAAGAAAGGUCACUACGAUGAUGGCUCAAUUCACCAAGAGGCAAUGGCUCACGUUGAUCGUCAUCAGCCUCGCCGAUUUUGCUAACGCGAUCUGCGUGUCGCUACAGGCGCCGUUCUAUCCGCAGGAGGCUGAGAAGAAAGGAGCAUCGCCGUCGGAAUAUGGAUUGGUCUUUGGGAUUUUCGAGUUCAUCGUCUUUAUCAUCAGUCCGAUCUAUGGACAAUAUUUACACCGAAUCGGGCCAAAACUAUUGUUCAACGGCGGCAUCAUGACGACCGGAACGUGUGCCAUUUUCUUCGGCCUGCUGGACAAGGUGAACGGCCAUUAUCCCUUCAUAGUCCUUUCGUUCCUGAUUAGAAUCGUCGAGGCUAUGGGGAACGCGGCGUUUCUCACCGCCAGCUUCGCCAUUAUCGCCAAAGAAUUCCCGGAUAACGUGGCUACCACCUUCGCCAGCCUGGAGACAUUUUUUGGUCUGGGUCUCAUUGUCGGUCCUACCGUGGGCGGUGCGCUUUAUCAGGUUGGUGGAUACAUAACACCAUUCGCUGUUCUAGGAUCAGCUCUCUUCACGACUGCAGUUAUGACCAUUUUUAUCCUGCCAGUUCACCCUAAUAACAACGAGGCUGCUCAUAAUACAGUGGGCAUGACGAAAGCUCUGAGAAUCCCGGGCGUGCUGAUCGCCACGUCGUCCAUAAUCGCGACCAGCAUGAGCAUAGGAUUUUUGCAAGCUACGUUGGAACCGCAUUUAAGGCAAUUCAAAUUGAGCCCGAUCGUUCUGGGUUUAAUGUUCGUCAUUAACGGCGGAACUUACGCAAUUGCCGCUCCUGCGUGGGGUUGGCUCUGCGACAAGCAUUCACAUCCAAAAGUGGCCACGGUGGCCGGAUCUGUUCUCGUGGUCGUAGGAUUUUGUUUAGUGGGCCCGGCACCUUUUAUACCGUGUUCAACCACGCUGUGGAUGACAGUCUGUGGUCUGGUGGUUCACGGUUUAGGUAUGGCUGCACAGCUGGUUGCCAGUUUCACGGAUGCCUUGAGAACGUCGAUACAAUACGGUUUUUCAAAUAACCUGGAGACGUAUGGCCUAAUCAGUGGACUGUGGACCAGCACGUUUGCUCUCGGAGCCUUCAUCGGUCCGAGCGUGGCAGGAAUUUUACUAGACAAUAUUGGAUUUAGAAACGCAACUAUGUUCAUCGUGCUUCUUCACAUGCUCGUGGUAAGAUACCAUUCAUCUGAUAACAGCAACUAAGCUUAAACCUCUGUC